AUGUUCCUUACGCACCCAAUUGUGGCAGGGGCAUUGCCCUUUGUCAAGAAUGAGCAAACACUAAAUAGACCCCCCUUAACUUCAUUGCCAUGGGAGUGGUCGCUUUGUUGUCUGGCCAACCAAAAGAAGGUGCAUGUCUUGAUCGAGGCCAGAUCAGAAUCAAAAGGCUUCUACGAGGAAAGAGUGACUGACUCAUCUGGAAGUUAUCGUUUGAGAGGACUUGUUCCUGACACAACCUAUGUAAUCAAAGUAGUAAAAAGGGAUGGUUUGGGCAGCAGUAAAAUUGAGAGGGCAUCACCAGACUCGGUUCCAGUUAAGGUUGGGUACGAAGAUAUCAAAGGAUUAGACCUUCUGGUGUUUGAACAGCCAGACACAACUAUUUUAAGUUGCCAUGUUGAAGGAAUGAAGAAUGAGGAACUCCACUCGCAUGUACUGGUGGAAAUCAAAUCAUCUAGUGACAAUUCUAGGAUCGAGUCCGUCUUCCCUCUUCCGCUUUCAAACUUUUUCCAGGUGAAGGACUUACCCAAGGGUAAGCACCUUCUGCAACACCGGUCUAGUCUUCCAUCUAGCAGCCACAAAUUUGAAUCCGAGAUUAUUGAGGUCGAUUUAGAGAAGAAUACUCAUAUACAUGUUGGCCCACUCAAAUACGUUUAUGAAGAGGAUCACCAGAAGCAGGAUUUGACUCCGGCACCAGUUUUUCCUCUUAUCGUAGGAGUCUCAGUGAUCGCUCUAUUUGAGGAUCCCAAGUCCAUGAUUGGAACACCAACACCUGGAUUCACUACAACUGUAAAGAAGGAAGUGAGGAAGCCCAUGUUGAGAGAAAAAACUUACUGA